CACUGGGGCAACUAUCGCCGCACGGCUAUCUUCGCAGCAACUAGCAGGUGAAGGUGAAGGAGGAGGAAGAGGAGGAUGUCUCACAGGAAGUUUGAGCACCCCAGACAUGGUUCCCUUGGAUUUCUUCCCAGGAAGCGUGCUGCUCGCCACAGAGGGAAAGUGAAGGCUUUCCCCAAGGAUGACCCAACCAAACCAUGCAAGCUAACCGCUUUCUUGGGCUACAAGGCUGGGAUGACUCACAUUGUCAGAGAUGUCGAGAAGCCUGGGUCAAAGCUUCACAAGAAGGAAACAUGUGAAGCAGUCACCAUCAUCGAGACCCCACCAAUGGUGGUUGUUGGAGUGGUAGCCUAUGUCAAGACGCCACGUGGCCUUCGUUCAUUGAACACUGUAUGGGCUCAACAUCUGAGUGAAGACAUCAAGAGAAGAUUCUACAAAAACUGGUGCAAAUCCAAGAAGAAAGCAUUUGCCAAAUACUCAAAGAAAUUCGAAUCCGAUGAGGGCAAAAAGGACAUUCAGUCUCAGCUGGAGAAAAUGAAGAAAUAUGGAACUGUCAUCAGGGUUUUGGCCCACACUCAGAUCAGGAAAAUGAAGGGGUUGAAGCAGAAGAAAGCACACCUAAUGGAGAUUCAAGUGAAUGGAGGAACAAUAGCUCAAAAGGUGGAUUUUGCUUAUGGAUUUUUCGAAAAGCAAAUCCCAAUUGAUGCAGUUUUCCAAAAGGAUGAAAUGAUUGAUAUAAUUGGAGUUACAAAAGGUAAAGGUUAUGAAGGUGUUGUGACUCGUUGGGGUGUGACUAGGCUGCCACGUAAGACUCACAGAGGUCUCCGUAAGGUGGCGUGUAUCGGAGCGUGGCACCCUGCCCGAGUUUCCUUCACGGUUGCCCGAGCCGGGCAGAAUGGGUACCAUCAUCGUACUGAAAUGAACAAGAAGAUUUACAAGCUUGGGAAAACUGGACUAGAGUCGCAUACUGCUCUUACUGAGUUUGACAGGACUGAGAAGGAUAUAACUCCAAUGGGUGGGUUCCCUCACUAUGGAGUGGUGAAGGAUGACUAUUUGUUGAUCAAAGGUUGCUGUGUGGGCCCCAAGAAGAGGGUGGUGACACUUCGUCAAUCCUUGUUGGCACAGACGUCCAGGUUGGCGCUUGAGGAGAUUAAGCUCAAGUUCAUUGAUACUUCUUCCAAAUUUGGACAUGGGCGUUUCCAGACUACACAGGAGAAACUCAAGUUCUAUAAUCGCAUGAAGGCUUGAUGGAAAAGGGUGUUUUGGUAAGUUAUGGUUAGUUAAGUUUUUGAAUGUUUUUUUUAUGAGAACAAGUUUUGGUUGGUGUUUUGUUAAAUUGUUAUUCAGCAUGGACAUGUUAUUUGAUAUUAUUUGUCUUGGUAAUCUUUAAUACAGAAAGUAUGUUUCAAAUAGUUUUUUUGGUUAUUUAUAUUCUACCUUAUUUAAAAU